CAAAGAAUUUGGUAAAAGUUUUUAAAUAUGAGUACUAACAUGCUGUUGAGUACUACAAAAUUAUAGCAAACUAAUUAUUUUUGAAAAAUUCUUAACGUUUAAAAUAAACAGAUAUCUCAUGGAAUUUAAUUAACCAUUGCCCAAGAUUGGCCUUUACUUCGAACAACGGAGAGGUGACCCCCUUAGAAAAUUUGGCUUGUAUGGCUUCUUCAUUCCGGAGUGGAGUGGAGCUCAAUUUCUGGCAACAAUGGAUUUAUGACAGCAUAGACAUACAACCUCCUCCUCGCAUCAACCAUAUUUCUGUAACUUUUCAAAAUGAAGAAAAUUCCCAAGCUAAUAACGGAAGGAGGUCAAUUUGCUCAGUCGGAGGUUUAGUGGAACAGCUUGUUUCUCUUUCAAAAUGCCAGAAGGCAGGGCUUGUUUCGAAAAUCGUUGAGAUACUUGGUAUGCUAGUAACAAUUUCAUUUGUUGUAAAUUGGAAUUCAAAUCAAUUAUUCAAAGCAGUUUCAGUUCUAAAUAUUUAGGUUUUGAAUGUCGAACUCAGGAAUCAAACGCAUAUAUGAAACGAAGAUUGUCCACGUCAACUCACUUGCAUUUUUAAAGCUCGCGUGCGAAGAGUUAAAUAAAGAUUUGGAUAUGCAUCAAAUGAGUUAUCCCAAUGCGAAUUCUGCAAUCUUCGAAGCUGUUAGGAAUGGGAAUGUGGAGUUUAUUACUCAUAUAUGUGAAGCAAAUCCUGAACUUCUGUGGGCAACAAAUGACGAUGGAAGGUGCGUAUUUGCCUUUGCC